GUAUUCAUUUUCGGAUCUCUAGCAAGAGCGGUUGCCUCAUUAGCAUUGUUUGCAGUAUUCUCAAAGGAUUAAAGAUCGUUUACGGAGCAGGCUUUUUUCUAUUACACUCUAUAUAUUUUGUUUAGAAUGGAUAUUAUCUUGGACAAGACUUGACUAAGCCGGGUUCAGAAAGAAAUUUAAAAGAAAAAAAGGAAAAAAGAAAAUUUAUCUCUCUUUGCCUCAUUUUUUUCUUAUCUCAAAGAAAAAGUUGGACUUUUCGAUAAUUGGAUAUCGAAAGAAAAGGAAACAUUGAAAGAAUACCUCCUUAAAAACUUUGACAAUUUAAAAGGGGUAAAAUUAAAAGGAGAAAGAUUCAAGAAUAUUGCUUUUUCUUUAAUAUUUCUAUAAUAAGAGAAGAUAAUAUGAAGCUUCUAUCAGCUUGUUUAUUAUUUCAUCUUCUUGUCACGUCAUCUGCUAUCAAAUGGCUGGCUGUAGGCCGACAAAAUGGCCCUUUGAGACGGUCGGAUUGCCGGCGUUUGAAGAGGGAGACAAUUUUUACAAAAGAUCAAAGCCGAAUGUGUACAGAGAAUGCCGAUAUUAUUCCAGUUCUAAAGCAUUCUUCCGAAACAGUUAUCAAGUCUUGUAAGACACUAUUCGGUAGGAAUCGGUGGAAUUGUUCAUCAAUUGAAAAACUUCCAAAGUUAUCGAGAGAUUUAACAAUUGGGAGUAAAGAACAGGCUUUCGUUCACGCAUUUUCGACGGCCAGCCUUAUUCAAAUAAUCGCCCAAGCAUGCGCUUCUGGGUCAAUUUCAAGCUGUUCUUGUGGAACGCCGAUAAGAAAAAGAAAGGAGUUAGAACCUGAUAAGCGAGCUCGCGAUGCUAUGUCGACGGAAAAUCGUCACGCUUUCAUAGGAUGUGGUCAUAAUCUUCGCUUCGCUACAAAGUUUGCAAGAAACUUCGCCGACGUUCCUUGGGACAAACGUCUACGAAAAACUACCAGAAGGCCUACUAAGAAUUUAAGAUUAAAUAAAAGAAGUCUCACUAAUCUACAUAACAACAGAGUUGGACGUCAGGUAGCAAAUAAAUUAGUACAAGAAAAGUGUAGGUGCCACGGUACCAGCGGGAGCUGUACUGCCAAAAGUUGUUGGCGGAUAGUGCCAUCGCUUGAAAAAAUCGGCAAGCAUAUUCAAGUCUUGUACGGCGAAAGCAUCCAGGUUCGGGCAAAAUUCAAUAAAAAGAAGGAAAAGAGAGUUUUGAUUAAAGUGACAAACCCAUUCAAGAAAGCCCCAAUCAAUAAAAAUGUUAAACCAGACCAACUUGUCUUUUAUACAAUAUCGCCAGAUUAUUGUAAAGCUGAUGAAAGAUUUGAAACUCCGGGAACGACUGGAAGAACUUGCGAAGAAGUUGGCGAUGGUUCCUGUGAAUCAUUGUGCUGUGGAAGAGGUUAUACGACAGAAAGCAUAAAAGUUGUCGAACGAUGCGAUUGCAAAUAUUACUGGUGUUGUUACAUCAAAUGUAGCAAAUGUACUAAGCUCAUCGAAGUGCAUCAAUGUAGAUAGACUGAUCUCCAGUAGUUUACCUAUUACUUUUUCCUCACCAUCUUUUAUUAUAAACUUUAUCUAAAAAAAAACCAAUUCAAGUGUAUGACCAGGCAAAAGCCUAUUAUUUUCCUUUUCUUUUUCUUUCGUCCGUUUGUUGUUUGUUUGUCUUGAAGCGUGAAUUAUUUUGUAAAUAAUACAAACACUUUUUGCGCUACCGCCAUCUGCUUGAUCAACAAAGAAAAAUUUUGUUUGUGUGGACGUCUUUUUUCUUAAAGCGUGCGGGAAGCUUUUACAGUUUCAUCAAUUUAUAAUAAAAUCUUUAUAUCAAUAUAUAAAUUAGAAGAAGAAUAUAGUUUUUUCAUCAAUGUUCUUUUUAUUCACAAUCUAACUCCUAAUCAUAAUUCACUCUCUAUUACAACGAACAUUGCAAAAGAUAACUUUUUUGUGACCAAAUAUGGGCAGCUUCGUCAGCCUCUUCAAUUGUCUCUUUCUGUUUUUUAAGAGUUCCCAAAAAUAAAACAUAACUAUCAUUGGUUUUUCGUUUUGAAGACAUUCUACUUAAAACUUUAUAUCGGAAGAUAUACUGACAAUCAGCAGUAAAUGGAAGAACAAAACAUUCGUGGAAGUUUUUUUUACGGAAGUACGAAGACAUGUAAGAAUGCUGGGAAAUUAGCAGUUUUCAUUGUUUCUUUUUCUUUUUUUUUUAAAUACAAAGAACAAACAAUUAGAAUGAAAAAAGAAAAACAAAAAGCAGGCAGAAAAAUAAACAAAGUAUCUUUCUUGUUUGCAUGAUCCAACAGAUAAGAUUGAACUUAAAAAAGAGUUCAAUUUAACUUAGAAAAGGUAAACAAUUACGAUACACCUAAAAAAAGUUAGUCAAUUCAAGUAGAAAAUUAAGAAAAAAA